AUGCAAUCUGGUGGUGCUGGAGGUGGGCCCAGUCGGGUAGGGCCGGCUGGGCGUGCGGGGUCCACAUCAUCAGCUGCAGCAUCGCCUUCUUCUUCGUCAUCGUCUGCUGCUGUAUGGAACCUUCAGUUGGGGUUUGAUUCAGUACAUCAGCAGCAACAGCAACAGCAACAACAGCAGUCUAGGCAGCAACAAUUACUUAGAAAACCUGAAGGAAAUGAAGCCCUUCUAGCUUAUCAAGCUGGAGCUCCUCAAGGAGUUAUGGGAGGGAACAAUUUUGCUUCAUCCCCAGGCUCAAUGCAAAUGCCUCAACAGUCCAGGCAAUUCUUUGAUUUGGCUCGACAGCAUGGUUCCUCCCAGGAUGGACAGAAUAGGAAUCAAGGUGUUGAGCAACAGGCUUUGAACCCAAUUCAACAGGCAUAUCUUCAAUUUGCUUACCAGGCCGCCCAACAAAAGUCAGCUUUGCCAAUGCAGUCUCAACAACAAGCUAAAAUAGGAAUGAUGGGCCCUUCUGCUGGUAAGGAUCAGGACAUGCGGAUGGGAAAUUUGAAAAUGCAGGAACUCAUGUCCAUGCAGGCGGCCAAUCAGGCUCAGGCAUCAUCUUCAAAGAACUCAUCUGAGCAUUUUUCUCGUGGUGAAAAGCAGGUGGAACAAGGUCAGCAGCUAGCCUCUGACCAGAGGAAUGAUCAAAAGUCUCCAAUUCAGCCUACUGCCAUUGGACAACUAAUGCCUGCAAAUGUUACGAGACCUAUGCAGGCACCACAGGCUCAGCAAAACAUCCAAAACAUGGCGAACAACCAGCUCGCCAUGACUGCACAGUUGCAAGCAAUGCAAGCGUGGGCACUUGAGCGCAACAUUGAUCUGUCACAACCUGCAAAUGCCAACUUGAUGGCACAGCUUAUUCCAUUCAUGCAGGCAAGGAUGGCUGCACAGCUAAAGGCAAAUGAAAGUAACAUUGGUGCACAGUCAUCACAUCUCCCUGUGUCAAAGCCGCAGGUUGCUUCUCCAUCGAUUGCAAGUGAGAGUUCUCCUCGUGCAAAUUCUUCAAGUGAUGUCUCUGGGCAGUCUGGCUCUGCGAAAGUUAGGCAAACUGUUCCAUCUGGUCCCUUUGGCCCAACUUCUAGUGGAGGCAUGUUGAAUAACCCUAACAACCUUGCAAUACAGCAGCAGGCUUUUCACAACAGAGAGAACCAAGCACCUCUUCGACAGGCAGCUGUGCUUGGCAAUGGAAUGCCUGCAAACACAGGCCAAGGUGCAGACCAGACUUUGCCUUCAAAAAAUGCAUUAAACAGCCCAGAAAUUUCACAGACACAGCAAUUCAGGCAAAUUAAUCGAUCUUCUCCACAAUCUGCUGGUCCUUCUAAUGAAGGAGGCUUGGGCAACCACUUCUCUUCACAAGGUGGGCCAGCUGUCCAGAUGACACAACAGCGCACUGGGUUCACUAAACAGCAGUUGCAUGUUCUGAAAGCACAAAUUCUAGCAUUUAGACGACUGAAGAAAGGAGAAGGUACUCUUCCACAAGAGCUUCUUCGAGCUAUUGCUCCACCACCCCUUGAGUUGCAGCUGCAGCAACAACUACCCCCUGCAGGAGGAAGUCAUCAGGACAGAGGAAGUUUUUCUGGCGAUGAGAAAGCAACUCUCUCAACCAUUCAUAUGCAAAAGGCGCCGGCUGUGAUGAAGGAACCCACACCCUUGGUGGCUUCUGGUAAAGAAGAGCAGCAAACUGCCACUUGUCCUGUCAAGUCAGACCAGGAGAGUGAGCAAGGACUUCAGAAAACUCCGGUCAGAAGUGAUUUUGCAGCAGAUAGGGGAAAGGGCGUUGCAUCACAGUUUCCUGCAUCUGAUGCUAUGCAAGCUAAGAAACCUGCACAAGCAAGCACUGUGUCCCAACCGAAAGAUGCUGGCUCUGCUAGAAAGUAUCAUGGACCAUUAUUUGAUUUUCCCUUUUUCACUAGGAAACAUGACUCUGUUGGCUCAACUGGGACGAUUAACACGAAUAAUAACCUUACAUUGGCCUAUGACGUCAAAGAUCUUCUUUUUGAGGAAGGCAUGGAAAUGCUUAACAAGAAAAGGUCAGAGAAUUUGAAGAAAAUCAAUGGUCUACUUGCAGUAAAUUUAGAGAGGAAAAGGAUUAGGCCAGAUCUUGUGUUGCGGUUACAGAUUGAAGAGAAAAAACUUAGGCUUUUAGAUCUACAGACACGUUUAAGGGAUGAAGUUGAUCAACAGCAACAGGAAAUCAUGGCAAUGCCUGAAAGACUAUAUAGGAAGUUUGUUCGGCUAUGUGAGCGUCAACGGAUGGACCUGACGAGGCAGGUACAGGCCUCUCAAAAAGCCAUUAGAGAGAAGCAAUUGAAAUCCAUCAUGCAGUGGCGCAAGAAACUUCUUGAGUCUCAUUGGGCCAUCCGUGAUGCACGUACUGCCCGUAACAGAGGAGUUGCCAAAUACCAUGAGAGGAUGUUGAGGGAAUUUUCAAAGAGAAAGGAUGAUGACAGAAAUAAAAGGAUGGAGGCAUUGAAGAACAAUGAUGUUGAAAGGUAUAGAGAAAUGUUGUUGGAGCAACAGACUAGCAUUGCAGGUGAUGCUUCUGAGAGAUAUGUUGUUCUUUCAUCAUUCUUGACCCAGACAGAAGAAUAUCUUCAUAAGCUGGGAGGCAAAAUAACAGCUGCUAAGAAUCAGCAGGAAGUGGAGGAGGCAGCGAAUGCUGCAGCAGCAGCUGCGCGACUGCAGGGCCUAUCAGAAGAAGAAGUGCGAGUAGCUGCAGCUUGUGCAGGUGAGGAAGUAAUGAUAAGAAACCAGUUUAUGGAAAUGAAUGCACCCAGGGACAGUUCAUCUGUUAACAAAUAUUACAAUCUUGCCCACGCUGUGAAUGAAAGGGUCGUAAGGCAACCAUCUAUGUUACGAGCUGGAACCUUACGAGACUAUCAGCUUGUUGGGUUGCAGUGGAUGCUUUCUUUGUAUAAUAACAAAUUGAAUGGAAUCUUGGCAGAUGAGAUGGGGCUUGGAAAGACCGUACAGGUGAUGGCAUUGAUUGCUUAUCUAAUGGAAUUUAAAGGAAACUAUGGACCACAUCUUAUAAUUGUUCCUAAUGCUGUUUUGGUGAAUUGGAAGAGCGAGCUACACAACUGGCUGCCAUCUGUGUCCUGCAUUUAUUAUGUCGGUGGAAAGGAUCAGCGGUCAAAAUUAUUUUCCCAAGAGGUUUCUGCAAUGAAAUUUAAUGUUCUCGUGACAACGUAUGAGUUUAUCAUGUAUGAUCGCUCGAAACUUUCUAAAGUUGAUUGGAAGUAUAUCAUAAUUGAUGAGGCACAGAGAAUGAAGGACAGGGAAUCUGUUUUAGCCCGUGAUCUUGAUAGAUAUCGCUGCCAGAGGCGCUUACUUCUCACAGGGACACCAUUACAGAAUGACUUGAAGGAGCUUUGGUCGCUAUUGAAUCUACUUCUACCAGAAGUUUUUGAUAAUCGUAAAGCGUUUCAUGAUUGGUUCUCAAAACCCUUCCAAAGGGAAGUUUCUAUGCAUGACGGAGAGGAUGACUGGCUUGAGACUGAAAAGAAGGUUAUCAUAAUACAUCGACUUCAUCAAAUUUUAGAGCCUUUUAUGCUCAGACGACGUGUUGAAGACGUGGAAGGUUCACUUCCUCCCAAGGUUUCCAUUGUCUUGAGGUGUAGAAUGUCUGCUAUCCAGAGUACAGUUUAUGAUUGGAUUAAAUCUACCGGCACUAUUCGAGUUGACCCUGAUGAUGAGAUGCGCAGGGUUCAAAAAAAUCCAGCAUACCAGGCUAAGGUGUAUAAAACUUUAAAUAACAGAUGCAUGGAGCUCCGAAAAACUUGCAAUCAUCCUUUGCUUAAUUACCCAUAUUUUAACGACUUAUCCAAGGAUUUCCUCGUUCAAUCUUGUGGGAAACUAUGGAUUCUGGAUAGGAUUCUCAUAAAACUUCAAAGAACUGGCCAUCGGGUACUACUCUUUAGUACCAUGACAAAACUCCUUGAUAUAUUGGAGGAAUACUUGCAAUGGCGCCAUCUGCUAUACAGAAGGAUUGAUGGAACAACUAGCCUCGAAGAUCGUGAAUCAGCUAUUGUUGACUUUAAUAGCCCUGGUUCAGACUGCUUUAUUUUCUUGCUUAGUAUUCGUGCGGCUGGUAGGGGUCUUAAUCUUCAGUCUGCUGACACAGUUAUCAUAUAUGAUCCUGAUCCAAACCCUAAGAAUGAGGAACAGGCAGUUGCUAGAGCCCACCGGAUUGGACAGACAAGAGAAGUGAAAGUAAUUUAUAUGGAAGCAGUUGUUGACAAAAUUUCUAGCUGUCAAAAAGAGGAUGAAUUAAGAAGUGGAGGUACAGUUGAUCUAGAAGAUGACCUUGUUGGUAAGGAUCGAUAUAUGGGUUCUAUUGAGAGCCUUAUAAGGAAUAACAUCCAGCAAUAUAAGAUUGACAUGGCUGAUGAGGUUAUCAAUGCUGGGCGUUUUGACCAAAGAACAACACACGAGGAGAGGCGAAUGACUUUAGAGACAUUAUUGCAUGAUGAAGAGCGGUAUCAAGAAACUCUGCAUGAUGUUCCAUCACUUCAAGAGGUAAAUCGCAUGAUAGCUAGGAGUGAAGAUGAGGUUGAAUUAUUUGAUCAAAUGGAUGAAGAGUUCAAUUGGACUGAGGAGAUGACUAGGUAUGAUCAGGUACCUAAGUGGCUUCGAGCCAGUACAAAAGAAGUGGAAGCUACUAUUGCUAUUCUAUCAAAGAAACCAUCAAAAGCGAUCCUUUUUGCUGAUGGUAUGGGUAUGGAAUCUGGGGAAAUGGAAACUGAAAAAAAAAGGGGGCGGCCAAAGGGGAAAAAGUCUCCUAAUUACAAGGAAAUUGAUGAUGAAAAUGGAGACUAUUCUGAGGCAAGUUCCGAUGAGAGAAAUGGUUAUUCUGCACAUGAAGAAGAGGGAGAAAUUCGAGAAUUUGAAGAUGAUGAAUCCAGUGAUGUUGUUGGGGCACCACCCAUUAAUAAGGACCAAUCAGAAGAUGAUGCUCCUGCAUGUGAUGGUGGCUAUGAGUAUCACCGAGCUGCGGAAAGCACUAGAAAUAAUCAGGUAUUGGAUGAAGCUGGUUCCUCAGGAUCAUCCUCUGACAGCCGAAAAGUGACACGAAUGAUCUCUCCUGUUUCUCCAAGGAAAUUUGGGUCUCUUUCUGCAUUAGAUGCAAGACCAGGAUCACUUUCCAAAAAGCCGGUAUGUUUCUUCUUUCUUUAUACUAAGUUUCUUCUAUCUCUAUACUUAAGAGGGGAAAUUGCGGUGUCUGGAGAUUCUCACAUGGAUCACCAGCAAUCUGGAAGUUGGAUACAUGAUCGUGAUGAAGGUGAAGACGAACAGGUUCUGCAACCUAAGAUAAAACGAAAACGUAGUAUUCGGCUUCGACCCCGCCAGCCUGUUGAAAGGCCAGAGGAGAAGUCUAGCAAUGAUGUGCAGCGUGGUGAUAUUUGUCUGUUGCCAUUCCAAGUGGAUCAUAAAUAUCAAGCACAGUUGAGGAAUGAUACUGAAAUGAAAGCAGCAGUAGAGCCUAGUGGAUUCAAGCAUGAUCAGAGUGAUUCCUCAAGAAGUAGACGAAGUUUACCUUCAAGAAGAAUAGCCAAAACAUCUAAGUUGCGUGCUUCACCAAAAUCUAGCAGACUGAAUUUGCAGUCUGCUCCGGCAGAUGAUGCUGCUGAACAAUCCAGAGAGAGUUGGGAUGGUAAAGUUCCAAGCACAAGUGGUGCUUCAAUGUUGGGCACCAAGAUGUCUGAUGUCAUCCAGAGAAGGUGUAAGAAUGUUAUUAGCAAGUUCCAAAGGAGAAUAGACAAGGAAGGGCAACAAAUUGUACCUCUUCUAGCUGAUUUGUGGAAACGGAUUGAAAAUUCUGGUUAUGUAAGUGGUGCUGGAACUAAUCUUUUGGAUUUACGGAAGAUUGAACAGCGUGUUGAUAGAUUGGAGUAUAGUGGAGUGAUGGAGCUUGUGCUCGACGUGCAAUUCAUGUUAAAGGGUGCAAUGCAAUUUUAUGGGUUCUCUCAUGAGGUCAGAACUGAAGCAAGAAAGGUGCAUGAUCUCUUUUUUGAUAUCUUGAAGAUUGCAUUUCCAGACACAGAUUUCCGAGAGGCCAGGAAUGCUCUCUCUUUCUCUAGCCCAUCAUCGACUUCCAUUUCUGCUCCAACUGCAAAACAAGCUGCUGCUCUUGGCCUAAGCAAGAGACACAAGUCAAUAAAUGAUGUAGAACCUGACAAUAGCACAACUCAUAAGCCAAUUCAGCGAGGAUCCAUUCCUACUAGUGAAGACGCAAGGAGGGUCCAUGUGCCCCAGAAGGAAACAAGGGUUGGGAGUGGAAGUGGCAGUAGUCGGGAACAAUAUCAGCUGGAUGAUUCUCCACUACACCCAGGGGAGUUGGUUAUCUGCAAGAAGAAGAGGAAAGACCGGGACAAGUCUGUAGUGAGGUCAAGGACUGGAUCAAGUGGUCCAGUCUCCCCCUAG